CUACACCAUUGGUUAGUCGGCGUGUAUACAGUGUCGCAAGCCGAGGACGUUACAAUGAUCCCCUAACAUGAUAAGCGAAUGAAUCCCAUAUCCAACAAACAACAAUUGUUGGUUCUUCCUCCGCUGCAGGGUCCCUUUGUUUGUUAAUGCCGACUGAUUGAUUUUGAGCAGGUCACCUUCCUUCGCCGGAGUGCUUCCGGGGAAACCGCGUCAAAUCGUGCGGGCGGUGCGAUGAUGCUUAAGGCUGCCUCUAUUGGAAAUAUCUUGAGCCACCAUCGGUCUAGGCAGCAUCACGAUCGCCCUAGAUCGCGCAUACACCCCUACACCCAUGACCAUGUAGGUACCUAGUCUCCAAUGUAUCCAUAAUUCUCCGUCUCACCGGGCAAGUUGCAAUCGCAACCCUACGGAGUUUUCGCUACUAGUUUUCUAAUACAUCUUAGCAUGCAUCGAGAAGGCUAUCGGACAGGAUCGUUAUUUUACCAUUUCUGAAAAUAGAUCUUCGCAUCAUGAGGCAUUUGGGAAAUGCAGGUUGUCGAUCGAUCCCGUCGCCGACAUACCGAUAUUUGCCCUAAGCAAUUCUUGAUUUAAAUGCCAAUACUACCUAACACAUGUGUUUCGGACGUCUAGAUCAAUGUUUUAAUUGGUUAUAAUCACCUCCAAAGACGCGAAAUCUUCUAGCCAACGUUCUUCACCUACAUUUCAGAGAACAUCGCGAAAAUGCAAGAGACGGAUGUGUUAAUUGUGGGUGGAGGGCCAACGGGAAUGACGUUGGCCCUAGAGCUGGCUGUAAAUGGGAUACCAUUUCGCAUAAUCGACAAGGAAAUACAAAGAUCAGAUAAGUCCAGGGCUCUGGGUGUUCAACCACGCACUUUAGAACUUCUAAAUCGACAUGGCGAUGUUCGGGAGUUCAUUUCGCGCGGCAAUUUGAGUAGCGGCACCACAUUCUACCUCAAUGGAAAGAAAGCGGCGGAUAUCGACAUCUCUGGUCUCGCAGAAAACACUGCAUUUCCCCUCAUUCUCAUUAUAUCCCAAUGCGAAACGGAAUAUUUCCUAGAUGGAUGUGCUAAAAAGCAUGGCUUCGAAGUCGAGCGCGGGGUUGAAGCAAAGUCCAUCGUCCAAGCUGCCGAAGGAGCCACGGCUACAUUAAAGAAGCCUGAUGGCACUGAAGAGGUCGUCCGGGCGAAAUACAUCGUUGGUGCUGAUGGAGCGCAUAGUGUCGUGCGACACGCCGCCGAAAGACUUACUUUCCAAGGCGCGGCGUACCCACAGGACUUCAUUCUCUGUGAUGCUUCCAUAAGGAACACGAAAAUGGCCUGGAAUAGGUUUUCCCUCUGCAUGGGGAGGGGAUCCUUGGCGGUAUUCCCGCUCAAGGAUGGUACAUGUCGAGUCGUCGUAUCGCGCAUAAAUGCCAACCCUGAUGUCGAGCCUACGCUGGAAGUCUUCCAAAGUAUGCUAAACCAACUACUCCCCGAAGCAGGCGAAUUAUACGACCCCACCUGGAUCACACAAUUCCAUCUACACCAUAGAGGUGUAAAUAGCUACCGAGACCGCCGCCUCUUCGUUGCGGGUGACGCGGCGCAUAUUCAUUCUCCGGCCGGAGCGCAGGGUAUGAAUACCGGGAUACAAGACGCCAUCAAUCUAGGCUGGAAGUUAGCCAAGGUGAUACGAGGAGAACGACCAGGUUCUUUCUUGGACAGCUAUGACCGCGAGCGUCGACCAAUUGGGCAGAACCUACUGGAAACUUCCGACAAAAUGUUUACUUGGGGUUGUUCUUCUAAUCCGUUCUUCGUUUCCUUCCGUAACGUCAUGUUCACUUGGGUUCUACCCUGGUUCGUAAGCAGUCGAAAUCGUCGGGCCAAUAUCUUUAAGUUUAUAUCCGAGUUUGGCAUUAGUUAUAGAGCAAGCGAUGCUGUGGGUACGGCUUCAGGAUAUUCGGGGCCAGUGAUGGGAGGAGACCGAGUUCCCGAUAGGAAGAUUAAGAUUAUGGGAGACGAGAGGCAUUUUCUAGAGCUCAUCACGCCAGAUUUCCACCACCUGGUAUUGCUAUCGGGAGUCGGUGAGAAUGCUGCGGCGAAAGAAGUUAUGACAGAAGUGCAAUCUAUGCUCAAGGACAAUAACCCGGACAAAGCCAAGCUACAUAUGGUAUUCAACAAGGACGCUAAUGCUGAUGGCCACAUCGACAUUGAGAACCGUUUACACAAAGACUUUGGCUGCUCUAAACCGUCUUACGUCUAUAUUCGACCCGAUGGGUAUGUAGAGCACAUUGGACUGCUUUCCCAAUUAGAAGAACUUUGGGACUGGGUUAGAUAAUAUCUUAAUUCAUGAAGUUGGCGAUGGGCAGUCAAGUCAGGCCUUUCACCCUCCAGUAUUGUAUUAUUCAACUAAGCAAAGCGUGGAAUCAGGUCAUCUUCACAAAUAUAACAAGUAGGAAUAUAACAUGGGAAUAUUUAUUUGACGAUUCCAAUUGCUUUCGUCAUGUGGGCUGAUUCCAGUAUACGCACCCGAGAGGUAGGAGCAAGGUAGUCAGUCUCCUGUAGUCUCCCAUUGUAGAUUAUUUACUGGUUUCUGUCAUGAUUACCUACUGAUAUAGGAAACCCGUGACUUCUACAACCGCGACUUACAGGUAUCUUGACAAGCGAAAGGAGCUAUUGCUAUACUUU